AUGGAAUGUUCAUCUUCCUCCUCCUCCAGUACUACUUCACAAAAGCACGAGGUGUUCAUAAACUUCAGAAGUGAGGACACGCGCAAGACAUUCACAAGCCAUCUUAAUGGUGCUUUGGAAAGAGUAGAUAUCAAAACAUACGUAGAUAACAAUAACCUUGAGAGAGGAGAGGAAAUACCCAUAACCCUUGUUAGGGCUAUUGAGGAAGCAAAGCUCUCCGUCAUUGUUUUCUCCAAAAACUAUGCGGAUUCUAAGUGGUGUUUGGAUGAGCUCCUGAAAAUACUUGAGUGUGGAAGGACCAAAAGGCAUAUUAUAGUGCCCGUUUUCUAUGAUAUAGAUCCUUCCGAUGUAAGGAAUCAGAGAGGAAGCUAUGCUGAGGCAUUUGUUAAUCAUGAGCGAAAUUUUGAUGAAAAGAAGGUGCUAGAAUGGAGGAAUGGUUUGGUUGAAGCAGCCAACUAUGCUGGUUGGGAUUGCUACAACAAGGUCACCAGGACAGAAUAUGAAAUUGUUGAGGACUUUACCAAGGAUGUGCUAGAAAAGUUGAAUCGUACCAACGUCAGUGACCUGGAUCGCCAGAUCACUAAAAUGGAGCAACUUGCAGAACUUCAGCGUCAAUUUUAUGAGAGUAUAAGUACUUUUGAAAAUAUGCUCAACCGCGACGCAACAAUUCAACGGGUCACAGAACUUAAAAUGGAGAGGAGCAUCCGUAUGCUUCGUCUGACACCAGAUAUGCUCUCAUAUAUGGAAAAUUCUAAUGAUAAUAAUAAGAGUGUGUUUGAAAAUAUGUUUUGA